AUGGUUGCCCACGACAAGCCCAGUGGUUGGCUAGAAUCACUGCGCAAUCCUGAGUCGCCAGCAUUUGGCGGCGCCAGUGGUGACCAAGAACUUCAGGCAGCAUACAAACAGGCACAUGACGAAUUACUUACGCUCAAGGGCGUAGGGCCCAAGGUGGCAGACUGCGUUUGCUUGAUGGGGUUGGGCUGGGGAGAGUCCGUUCCCGUCGACACUCACGUCUGGCAAAUCGCGCAAAGGGAUUACAAGUUUGGCAAGAAGUCAAAGACCUUCAACAAAGUAGCGUACGACGCCGUGGGCGACCAUUUCAGGGUACUGUGGGGGAAGUAUGCUGGCUGGGCGCAUUCAGUCCUGUUCACAGCAGACCUCAAGCAGUUCGCUGAACAGGCGGCUGUCAAGGGCGAAGAUGCGACCGCUGUGCAAGUGAAGGAGGAAACCACAGAGUCGCAUGGGGUGACCACCAAGAGGAAAAGAGUCACAACUGUCAAGACCGAGGUGAAGACUGAGGUGAAGAUAGAAGACGUUGAGGAUCCAGAAGGCUUUGCAUUGGCGCUUCCGAGAAAGAGACGGCGAACACGUCAAACGAGGAGCGGCAGCUAG